ACCGACGUCAAAAGUUAAUCGAACAUCGUGAUGUCCUUGAAAGAAGAAUAAAACAAGUUUUCAUUAAAAACUCUCUUUUAGCAACUCAGUUAUAUUUCAUAUCGCAAAAUAUAAAUAGCGCACUUGUGAAACAUUCCACGAAGUUAUUGUUUCCUUCCAUGAAAUAUCCUCCCUCAGCAAAGCAAAUUCAAUGGUUAAGGACUCCGCCUAUUUCCACGGUUAUUUCCACGCCGUACUGUUUCAUGUUCCAGAUACGCGAAAUACACGGUCCCCCGGUGAAGCGGAAAACUUUUCAAAACAAGCUUGUCAGUCGUCAGAGUCUCGAUUGUUUGAACUGGCCUUAUCGCAAAUAUUUUAAAUUCAUUUUGCACUUUUUUCAUUUUUAAAUUUCUUGCUGUAAAAUGGAGAGCAAUAAGCACGACCGACUGUUUCUCGAAAUUUUAAAAGAACAACGUAGUAUAGUCACGUUUCUCGAUUCUGUCUUUGGAUUCCUUUACAGAUGCACAGACUUUUUUCAGCAUCAAAAUGAUUCUUCUGGAAAAGUUGGGUUUCCAGGUGGUGUAGCUAAUGGUGUUGUACAGAAACUGUUCCAAAGAUAUGAAAACCAGAUUCAUUACGAGAAACAGGCUGCCAUACUAGGGAACAUGGCAUCUAAUGAAAGUGAUGUUCCUUCAGCCUGUCAAGAGAUUGUGUUAGGUGUUGAAGCAGACACAACUGAACCUUUUAAAGUUGAAACAAGUAGUGCUGCCUGGAGAAAGAUAGAGGAAAAUCAAGAAAAAGAUGUUAGGGAAAUGUACAAUGGAGAUGACCGGGGAACCUACAGGUGGAGUCAAACCAUUGGUGAUAUUGAUGUUUUCAUUCCAGUCACAAAGGACAUACAAAAAGCUAAACAAGUAAAUGUGAAAAUUGACCCUCUCCAUCUCUGGGUUGCAACUGUUGGACAUGAUGGAAGCUUUGUUUUGAUAGACCAAACAUUCCCUCACAGAGUUAUCCCUGAUGAGUGUCUAUGGAGCCUUGAUGGAGAAUAUGUCCAAGUCAACCUAGAAAAAAAAGAAGAAUGUUGGUGGGAUAGAUUAUUUUCUUCUGAUCCCCCAAUUGAUACAAAAAUUGAUACAGUCAUUAUGACCAGUGACCUGAGUCAAGAAGAACAUAUGAAAGUAGAGGAGUUGAUAGUUAACCAAGGAAGAAGACAGCAGUUUUCAAAUGUGUGUUUAGAGCAAUCUUUGGAGGAUAAAAAUUCCAGCCAAUCUCCAUUCUCCUGAAGAGUGUAAAAUGAAUCGAAAUAAAAUGACAAAACUUGGAAUUAAUGAACAUAUUUUCGUUCAUUCUUUUUAUUAUAUCAAAUAAACGCCUGUUUUUGAUCAGAUCA